CCGACUGACUUACUACUGCCGCUUCUGAUUCUCCUGCUGCUGGGGACCCCUGCCCAGGUCUCCCGCGACUACCAUUACUUUGGCGAGAAGAGCGGAGGAGACACCUGGGAGGAGCUGCGGCUGCAGCAUCAGGAGAAAGAGGAGGGAAGGGGGUAGAUUCCCCCCUACCUGGCCCUCCAUCCCUAGAAGUGGAGGACUCCAUCCUUGGCCCUUGGGGAAAGUGGCGCUGUUUCUGCGACCUGGGCAAGCAGGAGCGCAGCCGCGAGGUCCUGGGCACGGCGCCGGGCCCUGUGUUCAUGGACCGCGAGAAUCUGGUGCAGGUGCGGCCCUGCAGGCAACAGGAUUGUUCCUCCUGCAAACCAACAGACUGCGACUGGAGGCCCUGAACCUGGCCCCGACGGGCGGGGCGUCAGGGACUCCGGGGCGGAGCUUGGAAAGCGACCCCGCCCACCCCGGUCCGCCUAAGAGCGGGGCCGUCGGCCUUGGGAACUACAAUUCCCAGGAAGCCGUACGGCAGGAGCUUCGGUGGCGCAUGCGCAAACUUCAACGGCGGCAGAAGCGUCGGCGGCGUGUCCUCGGCACCGAUUGGUCCGGAGCGAGAGCGGUUUUGGGCCCGCGGAAGACGCGCGCCUAGACCUGAGCCUGCAGACCUCGUUCUUGCCGCUGGUGGUGGCGGUAAAGGCGGCAUGGAUCUCAGCGAGCUGGACAGAGACAGUACGGGCCGCUGUCGCCUGAACUCGCCUGUGCCCGCGGUGUGCCACAAGGAGCCCUGCGCCCUGGGCGUCGAUGAAGCGGGCCGGGGCCCGGUGCUGGGCCCCAUGGUCUACGCCAUCUGUUACUGCCCCCUGUCCCGCCUGGCAGAUCUGGAGGCCCUGAAAGUGGCAGACUCAAAGACCCUAUCGGAGAGCGAGCGGGACAGGCUCUUUGUGAAAAUGGAGGAGGACGGGAACUUUGUGGGCUGGGCAUUGGACGUGCUGUCUCCAAACCUCAUCUCUACCAGCAUGCUUGGGCGGGUCAAGUACAACCUGAAUUCCCUAUCCCAUGAUACAGCCAUUGGGCUGGUGCAGUAUGCCUUGGAUCAGGGUGUGAAAGUUGCCCAGGUAUUUGUAGACACUGUAGGGCCGCCAGAAACUUACCAGGAGCGGCUGCAGCAGCACUUUCCCGGCAUUGAGGUGACAGUCAAGGCCAAGGCGGAUGCCCUCUACCCUGUGGUCAGUGCUGCCAGUAUCUGCGCCAAGGUAGCCCGAGACCAGGCUGUAAAGAACUGGCACUUUGUGGAAGAUCUCCAGGGCCUGGAUGCAGAUUAUGGCUCCGGUUACCCCAAUGAUCCCAAGACAAAAGCGUGGUUGCGGAAGCACGUGGAGCCUGUGUUCGGCUUCCCCCAGUUUGUCCGGUUCAGCUGGCGCACAGCCCAGAGCAUCCUGGAGACGGAGGCCGAAGGCGUUUUGUGGGAGGACUCGCUGACGGGGGAUCAGGAGGGACCCGGGAGGAUCAUGUCCUACUUCAGCAAAAACCCCCAAACCCUCCCGCACCUCCCACACCGGUACUUCCAGGAGCGAGGCCUGGAGUCGGCCACUACUCUCUAGGAACCAGCCCGUUCUCUCUUGAUAUGCACCCCCACCCCAGCCCACCCCUGCCCCAUUUGUGAUUAAAGUUCUUUACGGAAAGCU